AUGAAAUUUCUUGUACCGCAAGCUAGGGCUCCAAAAGUUUGGGGUCUUUGGUCCCGUGGUUGCCUUACAGCUUCGAUCGCUAUUAAUAUCUUUCUUCUGGGCUCCAUCUCCAUCGAUGUCAAAUCUUUCGUUAGGUUUGCAAUCUGGACAGCUAAGGCGACACUGAAGGAGAAGAUGAUGUUGCAGAAAGCUGAGGAAGGUGGUGUUGUUGCUGAUAAUUCUGGUUCUACAACUUUAGAUCAUAGUGUGUGCAUUAAAUGUAAAAACAUUCCAAAAAGUAUUUCUAUUGGUUUUGUUGGAUCGAUGGUGGUUACUACGGUUUGUUAUUGUCUCAUGGCGGUUACGUUGUGUCUUAUGCAACCGUAUAGCCAGAUUGAUCCGGAUGCGCCAUUCUCGGUUGCUUUUUCGGAUGUUGGAUGGGAUUGGGCUAAGUACAUUGUCGCUUUUGGUGCCCUUAAAGGUAUGACUACGGUAUUGUUAGUUGGAGCCAUUGGUCAAGCUAGGUACAUGACGCACAUUGCACGGACCCAUAUGAUGCCUCCAUGGCUAGCUCAAGUCAACGCAAAGACUGGAACACCAAUUAACGCUACCGUGGUAAUGCUCGCCGCGACAGCUCUCAUAGCAUUCUUUACGAAACUGAAAAUUUUAGCCGAUCUUUUGUCUGUUUCGACACUUUUUAUCUUCAUGGUCGUUGCUGUGGCUCUUCUCGUCAGAAGAUAUUACGUCACCGGAGAAACAUCUUCUCGUGACCGUAACAAGUUUUUAGUGUUCUUAGGUUUGAUUCUUGCGUCCUCAACCGCGACUGCUGUAUAUUGGGCCUUGGAAAAAGAAGAUUGGAUUGGAUAUUGCGUUUCGGCUCCGAUAUGGUUUUUGUCUACAGCUGGAAUGAAAUUUCUUGUACCGCAAGCUAGGGCUCCGAAAGUUUGGGGUGUUCCUUUGGUCCCGUGGUUGCCUUCAGCUUCGAUCGCUAUUAAUAUAUUUCUUCUUGGUUCGAUCGAUGUCAAAUCUUUCAUUAGGUUUGCAAUUUGGACAGGUGUUCUGCUUGUAUAUUACAUCUUGUUUGGGUUGCACGCAACGUAUGAUACAGCUAAGGCGACGUUGAAGGAGAAGAUGGCGUUGCAGGAAGCUGAGGAAGGUGGUGUUGUUGCUGAUAAUUCUGGUUCUACAGUUUUAGAUCACUAG